AUGAAAGAGGACAAUGAUACCAAGGCCCUGAACACGUGGGAGAGAAUAGAUCGGCCCGAAUCUGCUAAACUACAAAAAAGAGAACCCAAUCCUUCCCGGCCCAAAGAAAAACGAAAAAAAAACACCCACCCCACUGCCCCGUCUCCAGACCCCGAUCCUCCUUCCCCACCACCCACCGCCGCCGCCGCCCGGCUCCCUCCCCCGUCGCGCCGCCGCCGCCGCCCGGCUCCAACCCUCAUCGCGCCGCCGGCGCCCGUAUCCCUCCCCCCAACGCGCCGCCUCCGCCCGUCUCCCUCCGCCAGCGCGCGGCUGCCGUCCGUCUCCCAUUUCCUAGCGCUCAGCACGGUCGGGUCGCGACCUCCGCCUCCAGCGCCGACCCGCUCCUCCCCGUGCGCCAGCCACCUUCCCCUCCUUUGCCACGGCCGCCUUCCUCCCCCGCCGCCACGCCCCCAGCCACCUCCUUCCCUCUCCACCACGCGCCGGCGACGAGCCCGUCCCCCAGCGUCCCCAACCUCCUAUCCCCGCUGCAGUACGAGCUGCAUCAGCAGGGAAGGCCGCUGCUUCAGCAGUAGCAGCGCACCGCUGCGACGCUACAAGGGGAGGCAGAGGUGGGGUGAGGCACUACGACGGUCGCAUUCCGGGGAAGGCUGUCAAAGCUUAAGAAAGCAGAAAAACAGUGAGCCUAGGAGGGGAGUCGCUGGAUCGAGGACCUCUAGCUCGAUAGUCCAACUACAUGCUCCACCGUUGGUCGCUCAAGGAGCUGCGUGCAGGCCACCCCCGAGCUCCGCCCCUGGAUCCGGGUCAACUUUCUCCCUACCAUCUAGAAAAAAAAAAUAGUGCAUGAGCAAGUAGUCGCCUCGCACUGGAUCGAUGCUCCGUUGUCACUCCCCCGCCGCAUAUAAGCAGUUCAACGCUGCAAUCCCCGGCCGUUCAGUCUCGCUGCCGUGGGCGUGCCCCGCUCCAACUCCAUCGCAUGUGCUUCAGUGGAGAAAUAGUGCAACCUGAGGAACCGCUAGGGGUCGAGGACGUCCAGCUUGGCAGUCCAAUUUGGCGUUAUUCACGUCAUUGCUAGCCCCAUGUUCGCUGGCAAGACCACCGCGCUUCUCGCCGGCACCGACAGGUACUCACCCCCACCCCGUCUCUUGUUUAAUACUUCAUUUUGCAUUGCUAAAGAACAGAAAAAACAAGCAAGUUCAAAUUGAAAAAAAUUAGAAGCUAGAUGUUUCAAAAAAAAUUAUAAGCCAUUUUAUUGAAUCUCUAUUGAAAAUUAGCUCACAUUUGAGUCCUACUAGUACUGAUGAAUAUAGACUUGAGUGGAAAAUUUAGUUGAUUCCUGAGACCCUGACUAGUCCUUCUAUAAUACAGUUCAGUGUUUAGGAUGUUAUACAACAAUUGUAUACUUCUAGUUGCUGCUUGCUGCCACCAACGAAUUGCACAAGUUCAAAGAGUACCGCAUGACAAAUUCAAAAAGCAUUGUAUGGCAAGCGAGCUAAGUACUUGUUUGGAAAGUUUGCAAGUUUGAAUUCUAAUUUGAAUUCAGUACAAUUUCUAAAAUUUACUUCUGUUCAAUUCUAUCUUAGUUCGAAUCAUUUUCUUAUUUUAGUUCAGUUUAGUGCCGGCUAUUUGAAGGGUUUAUUCUUUGGUUGGAAAAUCUCUUUUGGAGAAGUUCGAGUUUAAAAGAUUACUUGUUGAGAUUCUUGUGAACAUGUAAUGUUACUGUACAUGAACUUAUUGUUCUUUUUACAUGAACUUGUGCAUGCUAAUUGGUGGCUGUUGUGUGUGAAAAAAGUGAUUUCUUGGUCAGGAUUUUGCAGGGUCUUUGGGUUAGAAGUGGUUAAUUUGUUAGCCCCUGGAGCUUGUCGGCGAGCCAUGUGCUGGGCCAACCACAAGGCAACGCCACCAGGUAGGGCGCCAGACGGCUGCCGAGCGUGGCAUGAGCCUUUCCGACCCCAUUUCCAGGUUAAGCGCCAAAGAUCUCAUCGUCGGGUGCGCAAAAGCACUAGCACCUCUGCUUCCAUUUUUCUUCAAAAGUUAUGCUAACCAAUUAGCCACUGAUAAGAUGACUUUACUUCCAACUAGCCACUCAAAAGUUGUGGCCAUUUAAUGACACCUUCUACAUUUGAGACAUGUGAAACUGUAACCUUCCAAUGUUACCGUUUGGUAGCUCGGGAUGCUUUAUGUUUUGGAGAUCUACAGAGUGACUAUCUGAGAGUGUGUUAGACUUUCUCAUUACAGCAUGGAACUUUAUUUUUAAUGUUUGUUCCUCAUCAGUUCUAAAAAUCUCAGAGCAUCCGUCCAACUAUGUAUCAGGAUAUACUAUGUUGUAAAUUUAUGUAUGCUUGUAUGUGCAAAAAUAUAUUACGGUUGCUGCUUCUA